AUGGCGCGGCUCAAUACGGCCAUACCGCCUAGCAGCAGUCGCGCCUCGUCAGUUCUGCAAGAGCGCACACCACAGACUACCAGCAGGUCGACAGCAAGAUCUACACCCUACGCGACACUAUCGCCCACAGCCGCAUCGUCAGAUAAAGAAAACGAGAGUACCCCCUUGGGCGCAAGAGACAAGGGCAAGACAGUGUCAAUGGGCCCGCCUAAGCUACCGACGCCGGUGUCCGAUACCCCACGACCAAGCAAGCGAAGACGCACUGGCGAGCACGAUGUCACACUGUCAGUAGAUGGGCAUGAACAAGAUGCCGCGACCCUUGUGGAUCUCAAAUACUACGAUCCAGAUCAAGACGAGGAAGAGCGGAGGGAGGUGCGAAAGGAUAUGCGCAGCUAUCAGCGCGAACUCUACGAUCGACGCGACGAGUUCCUCGAACCGGACAACGAUGGCCUUGUUGACUACGUGAAUCGCAUGACAGACACCUACGGUAGAGUUAAACAGACAGCGGAUGCGGUGUACGACUCGCGCAACUUGGUGGAGACCAGUGAUCUUGCGCUGAAGAAGACGAACCGGCUGGUGCUCGGAGAUACAAGCAUCGGCAUAGACGUAGACGAGUUUGUUUCGAAAUGUAUCACAUUCAUGAGAAAUGGUGGACCUCUGGGUGAAGACGAAGAAGAGCCGGCAUCAACACAGGCUCGUAACCGUCGGCAGAGCAGACGGAACGUCGACAGCGAUGAAGAUGAGGAGGACGAUGGCGAUGCGCUAGACUGGGAGACGUUUGGUGAAAGAGCUUGCUUUCCGAACAAUUCUCGGCCGCCUGUACCUGGCUUCUUGCUGGGGCCUCUCUCCGUCGAGAAGCGCAAAGCCACGACUACCCAGCGGACGGGACGACAGCAAAAGAAGCCCACCGGGCCGACUAGGAGGCCUGAAUCACUCGAGCCGGAAGACCUAGCACGCACGCAAGCUUCCAAUCUGACUACUUUAUGCACGAACAUCCGGAAAACCUUAGUCGACACAAUCAAUAAAGGUGUCAGUGCCUGUGAGGAAGAAAUGGCCGAAGACAUGGACGAGGAGGAAGUCACUGUGUUGCUGAGAAGACACCGCAUGGCGCAGAACAAGGCCAACGAGCCCUGCGUCUCUCUACUCGACUUCGCCGUCAAUCCCCAUUCAUUCGGCCAGACGAUUGAGAAUCUGUUCUACAUUAGCUUUUUGAUAAAGGAGGGCACGGUCGCUGUGGAGAAGGACCAUGAGGGACUGCCCGUGCUUGUCCCAUCAAAACCACGAAAGAUCGCAGAUCAACGCGAGCAGAACAUCUCUCGGAACCAAGCCAUCUUCAGUCUAGACUGGCCCACCUGGCAGUCACUGAUCGAAGCCUUCGACAUUGAGGAACCGCUCAUACCUCAUCGACAGGACGACGAAGGUCAGCAAGUAACCGCGCGCGGUUGGUAUGGCUAG